UAUAUAUAUAUAAUAGAAAAAGACUAUGAAAGUAAGCAAAACCUGUCUGUGUCUUCUGAUGUAGGCAAAGGUUUUCAGAAUCUGACUCUGAUAUCUUAUCACAUUGAUUCUGUUUCUAAAUUUCUGAACGCCAGACUUCUAAGAAUGGAGGUUGCUCUUCAAAGAAGACAAGGGCAACCGAAACAACACUCUGAGGAUAAGCAGGAAUUCAGUAGAUGCUCUAAAAUUAAUGGAAAGAGAAAGGCAACUAACCUGCCAUCCAAGAAAGAUGAGACAAAUAAGCUUACUUCCCCAAAAAGAAAAAGGAAAUCCGAAGAUGAUCUAUUGAUUGACGACUUGGAAGAUGAAGAAAUGCUCACUCUUAUAAAGUCAAAGAGCAGGAGGAUAGCUAAAAGAAUGGACAAUGUGAUGGAUGUUGGACAAAAUGUCCGAAUAUGUCAUCAAUGCUUGAAUAAGGAUAGGAUAUAUUAUGUGUCAUGUACUAAAUGCCCAAAGAUGUACUGUAUGCGAUGUCUGGAUAAAUGGUACCCUGACAUGUCAGUAGAAGAAGUUGCUACAAGUUGUCCAUUUUGCCGCAAAAAUUGCAAUUGUAAUGCCUGCUUAUGUUCAAGAGGAAUGAUUAAGACAUCUAACAGGGACAUCACCGAUUAUGAAAAAGCUCAGUAUCUGCAAUAUAUGAUUAACUUACUCAUACCAUUUUUGAAACAAAUUUGUCGUGGACAAAGUCAAGAGGAGAAGAUUGAAUCUAACAUACAAGGAAAAUCUUCUUUCGAGAUCGAGAUACCCCAAAGUCUUUGUGGCGACGAUGAACGUGUCUAUUGUGACCACUGUGCUACUUCAAUUAUUGAUCUUCAUAGAAGCUGCCCCAAUUGUUCCUUUGAACUCUGCCUCAGUUGUUGUCAAGAAAUACGUGAUGGAAACAUUGCACCACGGCCUGAGUUGAAGUUCCAAUAUGUGAAUAGGGGCUAUGAAUAUAUGCAUGGUGGUGACCCUCUACCUGUGUAUUGUGAUUUAGAGACAUAUGAAGGUCAUAUUAAGUCAUAUUCUGUGUGGAAUGCUAAGAGUGAUGGAAGCAUUAGUUGUGCGCCAAAGGAGUUGGGGGGUUGUGGUAGUGCUGUAUUGGAGCUGAGACGCAUCCUCCCACGUUGGUGGGUAUCUGACUUGGAAGCCAAAGCCCGCAGUACGCUGGAAAUUUGCGAAAUUGAGCUCCCAAGCCUUCGACAAAAAGCAGUAUCAAGCUACACCUCUAUGAGAAAGGAUGCUCUUAGAGGCAUAAAUGACAAUGACAUAGAGAUGUUGAUUUUCCAAAACCAUUGGGCUAAUGGUGAACCAAUUAUAGUUCGUGAUGCCCUUAAACAGGGGACUGGUCUGAGCUGGGAGCCAAUGGUAAUGUGGCGAGCAUUAUGUGAAAAUAUGGUUUCAGAUAUCAGUUCAAAAAUGUCAGAAGUGAAAGCCAUUGAUUGCCUGGCUAAUUGUGAGGUAGAAAUUGAUACCCGCACAUUCUUUAAAGGUUAUAUAGAGGGAAGAACAUACAGAAAUCUCUGGCCAGAGAUGCUCAAGCUAAAAGACUGGCCCCCCUCCGAUAAAUUUGAAGAUCUUUUGCCCCGCCACUGUGACGAGUUUAUUCGUUCCUUGCCAUUUCAAGAGUACACUGAUCCUCGCGCUGGAAUUCUCAAUGUUGCUGCGAAGUUACCAGCUCAUGUCAUCAAACCUGACAUGGGUCCAAAAACAUAUAUUGCUUAUGGGAUUAAAGAAGAGCUUGGCAGAGGAGACUCUGUAACAAAGCUUCAUUGUGAUAUGUCAGAUGCGGUAAAUAUUUUGACCCAUACAGCAGAGGUGAUGUUAACCGAUGAGCAGCACUUUAUUAUUUCAAAGUUGAAAGAAGCACACAAGGCACAAGAUGAGAGAGAACAGUAUGCUCAUGAGAUGAUUGCUGACAUCCGGAAUGGUCGACUCUUCAAAGACAUCAAAAAACGCAAAGAAAAUAAGGAAGUUUUAGAACCCAAAGACAUGGGGAAGCGACCCAUUGAAAUUAAUGGAAAGAUCUUUCCAAAUGAAGUUCCUGAGGGGGUCACUUCUACUACAGGGAAUGAAUCAAUGGAAACAGGCGGUGCCCUAUGGGAUAUAUUUCGGAGAGAGGAUUCUGAAAAGUUAGAGACAUAUCUUAGGAAACACUCAAAAGAAUUUAGACAUACUUUUUGCUCUUCAGUUGAACAGGUUGUACAUCCAAUUCACGACCAAUGCUUUUAUUUGACAUUGGAGCACAAGAAGAAGCUGAAGGAGAAGUUUGGUGUAGAACCAUGGACUUUUGAACAAAAACUUGGGGAGGCAGUAUUUAUUCCUGCGGGAUGCCCGCAUCAAGUCAGAAAUCUCAAGUCAUGCACAAAAGUUGCCGUAGACUUUGUGUCCCCUGAAAAUAUCCAUGAGUGUCUACGUUUGACCAAUGAGUUCCGCCAGCUUCCCAAGAACCACAGAGCUAGAGAAGAUAAACUUGAGAUAAAGAAGAUGAUAGUUUAUGCCGUUGAUCAAAUUGUCAAAGACCUAAAUGCUUUACUGAAGUGUUCUUGACUGGCUGAAUGCUGCUUGAAGAAAGCUACUUCACUUUUCCAUGGUCUGUGAGACUCUAGAUUGUUGUAGAUAAAAGUGUCCAGACAGAAAAUUGCGAAGUCGGAAUGUUUCAUGGAGGGUUAAAGGCACUCACAAUCGAGUGAUUCUCAUUUUGAUAGUAAUAACAUAGUGAUUCUUUUGUAAUGAUUAUAGUUUAGACAACAAUUUCACAAAGUUCUGUAAAGAACAUUAAUUUUAUUCAUGAUCAAAGAAAUCAGUGUAAAUGAAGAUACAACUUUGAUAUAAUUUGAGAUAAGUAGUGAACUAAUUU